AUGCUGGAUGAUCGGCAGGCCUACCUCCGACGUGAUAAUAAGCUGAUAAGGAAGCUGUGGACGCAGAUGGGCAAAACGCUCGCCGAAAUGCAGACAAACAUAGUAGUAAGUAAGUCAGUACUUCUGACCUUUAAACCGACAAAUGCAGCCGCGCCAAGGUUCUACGGACUACCCAAAGUGCACAUGGUCGAUGUCCCCCUCCGACCGAUCGUGUCACUGCGCUGCCGGUCAACAUUCAAUCUGGCUAAAUGGCUGCUCCGACACCUGAGGCCGCUCACCUCUGGCGCAACAACAACGGUCAGUUCAGAUACUCAGUUUCUGGAACGACUCAGGGGAACGCAACUCACUGCAGACGAGGUCAUGGUGUCAUUUGACGUCACCUCUCUCUUCACUCUAACCCCGCUGCACCUGGCCAUCGAAACGGUCAGCGAAUCGCUCGAGCGGCAGUACGACGAGACGGACGAGUCAGUGAAGCGGAGACAUCUAGUACAACUCUUAAAAUUCUGUCUGAAGACGUACUUCACCUCCAAGGGAACCAUGUUCCAACAGAUUAGAGGGACGCCGAUGGGAUCGCCUCUUUCCGGCUUCAUCGCUGAGGCAGUUUUGUAA